AUGAGUGAAUUUCAAUUUCCUUGGGGUAGAUCUGAAACCGAUUGUAGUGAUUCUAGAGUCAUAGUUACCCAAGGGAUCUUGCCGAUGGCUUUUAGAGGUAGCGAGCAGUCAGCGUCGUAUGGUGAGCUGGUGUCCAUCGGAGAUCUAAAUCCCGAUGUAAACAAGAAACUAAGUGUUGCAGUUGCUGAUAUUCUUAGCUCCAAGCUCUCUGUUCCCAAAUCACAAUUCUUCCUCAAAUUUUUCGACUCAGAGAGGUCAAUUGCAAGAACGAAUGUCUUCAAACUCAAUCUCACGAGAUGA